AUGAUUUCAACUGAAGUAAUAGAGUAUGAAGGAGAAGACAACAACCUAUUUCUUGGUCACCACAAGGGUAGCAAUGAAAUGAUAACUCAAAUACUGAAGGAAACCGGGAAUCACAAGGUUGUAGUUGUAUGGAAGCCGCAACCAUUAGAUAGAAUAGUUGCAGAGGUUGAGGGAACACACGCGGGAAUUAUUCUAAUGUUUUCAGGUCCACUCAGAAUUAUGGUUCAUAACCCGACAAUAGUACACAAGGGUGAACAGUACCUUAUUGAAAUUGUAUGGGUAAAACGCAACAUUCCCUCGACAUUUUUCUCUGUAGUAGGAAAAAUUAUUUCAAGAGUAAGUGAUCAUCUAGUAAUUCCGCUAGAAUGCAAAACGGACGAGGACCGUGCAAAGAA